AUGCUCGCAGCCGUUGCCUUUGGUGGGCCUGUCAGUACACUCAUCUGUGGGAUGUCUGGGGUCUUCCAAAACUAUAAGAGUGGUAUCAUCAAGGGAGAUGUAUGUGGCAACUUCCCAACUCAUGCUGUCCUUGUAGUUGGUUAUGAUAGAGGCCAUGACCCAUAUUAUCGUAUAAAGAACUCAUGGGGCACCAAAUGGGGAGAGUAUGGCUAUGCAAGAAUCGUUAUUGACGAUACGGAAUAUGGUGUAUGUGGUCUCCUUCGCGAGCCCGUCUAUCCUAUCAGUAAAUCAUAG